UUUUGCUUAUGUAAGUGUCAGCGUUAUGUAAGCUAGCGAGAUUUGCUUUUUUACUCGGAUUUAGUACAAACUGUUGUUGACAGUGUUGCUUAAGACGUAAUUAUGUAUCAAUAGGGUUUUUAUUAGUGGUGCUAUUAAUUUUUUGUGGCGCAAGCGAUUGAUCUGGUUUUCUAUUGUUCAUUUUGAAAGACUUGCUGUUUUGUUUGGAGAAGGGCGUUCACCUUUUUUGGCGAAGAAUGGAAAAAUCACCGUUGGAAUUCUAGUGGUGUGGUGCGGGUUGCAUAAGUCAGUAGCGACGUGACCUUGAAUGUCAUAUUGAUCACAAAGAAACACUACUUCUUAGCAACCAUCGACGACACAAACAAACCAAAAAUGUCAUACAGAGACGUCCGUAACUUUAUAGAAAUGACGAGGGCUCUAGGAUACCCGACUCUAAUCUCCAUGGAGAGUUUCCGCAGCCCUAAUUUCCCCCUCGUGGCGAAUUUGCUAGUGUGGCUGUCAAAACGUUUCGACCCCGACGUCGACAUUCCCUCAGACAUCGAAACUGAAGAUGACCGAGUCAAACUAAUCCGAAACGCGGCUCAGUUCAUGGCGCUCAAAGCCAACAUUAAACUGAACACGAAACGACUGUACCAAGCCGACGGCUACGCAGUCAAGGAAUUACUAAAAAUAACCACCCUCUUAUACGAAGCCCUAAAUUUGAACCUAGACGACAAAGACAAUGAGCAGUUCGACGAAGACAUGUUUAACUUGAAGGACUACGAUUUAACCGACAAGAUCAACGAACUGAAACUAUCCAGACAGCUCGCCAGCGAGAUCACCACCACCGGCGCCACCCUCUUCGACCUCCUCGGCAAAGAAGUGGACCUUCGAGGCGCGCGCCACCGCAGCGUCAGCCGCCAGUACGAACUCCCUGACGUCGAAUCCGGACUUAAAUCCGCCAUAGAAGCUAUCAAGCAAGAAAUCGAAGAAAGCAAGCAGAUGAUCGACAACGUCUCCGCGACUGAGGCAAACCUCGAUACCAAAAUCGAGCGAAGAAAGGUGGAAAUCGACCGCUACGAAAAGCGCUUGCAGACUUUGAAGAAGGUCAGACCCGCCUUUCUGGAGGAGUUUACGGCUUUGGAGGCGGAGCUGGAGCAGCUUUUCGUCCAGUAUUCUACCAGGGCGCGAAUUUUGAACCAGUUGGAGCGUUUGGCGACCGAGGCGGAACGAGCGCAGCUGGAGAAGCAGCUGCAGAUGGCGUCGCCGCGGAUCGAAACUAUACCGUUGGAAGGGGGCGAGCAGGGGGACGUGUUCUUGGAGACGGAGGAGGGGGAGGGGCGGCAGGGGGCGGUGAACAGACAGGAGAGGCCGCGGGCGAGCACUGGAGGGAGGUCUAGGACUAGCAAAACCGCUAAAGUGUAUGGGGGGAUGCAACCCCCGUUGUCAGCGACACCCUCUCUGAGCUCCGACUCGGAAACCGACGAGUUGUUUAUCGAUAAGGACGAAUCAGAGUUGAUUCAUUCCGACGACGAGUCGCUGGGGUUGGAGUUGUCGGGGAUGGAUGUGGUGAAAAGGGCGCAGUCGUCGAAACCGAGUAAAAUGAACAGCAACAGCGAUGAUGAUUUUUAAAAGAAACGUAAUUGUAGUUAAACAAUAAACAAAGACAACAAG